UUCACAAAGGUGAUCUCUGAAUUUAUUUUCUUGGAUUUGACCUUCAUUACAAAGCUUAAUAUUAACCAGAUGGUGGGCACUCCUUCUCUUGCGCAUACUUAUUUACAUAUAUCGACACAGAUCUAAAGAUACUACAUUUAUAUUCUCUGCAUAUACUUAUUUAUGCAUGGAGGGUUCAAAGCUUUCUAUGUUUUCCUUUCCAUGCCAUUGUAACCUUUUUGCAGGAAGUAGGUCAUUUUAGUCUAACCUGCUCAGUCUCACCUUGUCACUUCAUUAGGACGAAAGGACCCCUUUGAUAUAUCCCAGGAAGCAGAUCCAGAAACACUUACAUUUUCACUUUUACAUGCAUAUUAUUUUUUCAACGCUGAAGUCAAGAACCUUAUUUUUGUCAAGAAUAGACAAUUUUCAAAGUUUUAAAUAAUUCAAAAUAAAUUGUUGUGAUCAGAGUUUAAUAAUUUGCAGUGGAUAACAGAUAUCAAUCACUGAUUGUGCUGGGCAAUUGAUUCAAAAAGCAAUGGUGGGGUCCUCCACUUGGCGUCUCACGAAUGAGACGGCUGCUAGAAAUUUGCAGCUCACCACGCUCAGUUACACCCCCAAAGGGUUCGAAGAGCAGAGUUUCGCUCAGCCGAAUAUUGAGGGAAUGGGCGGAGGAGGUUUGGAGUCUGGAAAACUGAAAGAUUACAACAAGAACGAUUUUCUCCCACAUCCGGACGUGGCUUGCAUCAAUUCUUCGUCGUUGUCGUCGUCCCUGUCAUCCACGUCCAGGAACGCUGCCUUGGUUGUGAGGAAUGCGAUCAAGUACUACGGAACUGGAAACGCUUGCACGAGCGUUCUCAAAAACUUCAACAUGACAGUUCCUAAAGGCACAAUUUACGGCCUCCUCGGAUCUUCCGGAUGUGGCAAGACCACAGUGCUUUCGUGCAUUGUCGGACUGAGGAAGUUGAAUAGUGGGGUAAUUAUGGUAUUUGGGAGGAAGCCAGGCAGCCAAGGGUGCGGGGUGCCAGGAAGUAGAGUGGGCUAUAUGCCACAGGAACUAGCGUUAUAUGACAACAUGACCAUUGGCGAAACCAUUUCAUUUUAUGGGGCACUGGCAAAUCUGCCAAGAUAUGAAGUAAACUCCAGACUAGAGUUUCUUGUCAAGCUGCUGGAUUUACCAGAUCAGCAACGUAGAAUUGACUGUCUCAGGUACUGUAUCUACAGCAUGUAUUUGAUGGAAUUAAAACCAUGUUUUUGGUGUCAAAUAUUUAGUUGUGGACAAAAGAGAAGAGUGAGUUUGGCUUUGACCAUGGUACAUGAUCCUGAGCUGCUAAUCUUGGAUGAACCAACCGUAGGGGUAGAUCCAUUACUCAGAGAGAGCAUUUGGGAACACUUGACAAACCUCGUUUCAACGAAGGGGACAACUGUUAUAAUUACAACGCACUAUAUCGAAGAAGCCUCAAGAUCAGCAACGGUUGGUUUAAUGCGCAAUGGGAGAUUAUUGACUGAAGACAAUCCGCAAAAGUUGUUGGUGGAUCACAACGCACAAUCAUUGAAUGACAUUGUUUUAAAACUCUGCAAAAACAAUAGGUUUGAGGAAAGUUAUGUGCGCCAUGACCCUAUAACCCCAGACACAGAAACUUGUAUACAGAAAGAAAUAGAGGCAAAUUCUUCAGACAAUUAUCAUUGUGAAUAUGACAAUCGUUUAUUUUCAAAAACCUCACUGGCAAAAAUUAAAGCGUUAACCAUAAAAAAUGCUCUACUAAUGGUCAGGAACUUUUGGCUCAUUCUUCUUAUUUUAUUGAACCCAGCAAUUGAUGUCUGUCUUGUCAACAGCGCCAUGGGUGGAGACCCCUCACACUUAAAUUUUGGAUAUGUAAACUAUGAACUGAAUAGUAGUACUCCUUGUGCACCAGAGUCCUUUGAAUAUGAAACCUGUAUCUUGGCAAAUUUAAGUUGUCGAUUACUGCACAGUUUGUCAAAAGGCCAUACCUUUACAUUAAAACAAUAUCCCACCGAUGAAGCCGCCAUUAUUGGAGUUGACGAAGGCCAAAUUUGGGGAUUUGUUUCGUUUCCAAACGGGUAUUCGGACAGUUUGUUUGAACGUGCGACGGAAGGAUUAAACACGGCAAACAAUUCCUUGGACCUUUCCAAUAUGAAAGUAAAAAUUGAUGCAACAAAUAGACCAGUGGCGGCCGUCAUUUUGAAUACGCUUUAUGAAGCAUACAAGACUUUCAUCAGAGGUUUACUCAGCGAUUGUGGGCUGAACCCAGAAUUUGGAGAACUACCAGUAAAGAUCCUCCCUCCCACUCAUGGAGCAUUGAACACGGACAUGAAAGAAUUUGUGGCACCUGGGAUUUUGCUAGGCGUUCUGUUCUUCUUUCCUUACUGCUCUGGAGCAUUGGCUGUCAUUUUGGAGAAGAAACAGGGGACACUUUCGAGAACUCAGGUGGCUGGAGCCUCCAUUUUUGAGUUGAUGAUAUCAUUCUUGCUCACUCAAACGGUUGUGCUGUUGGUGCAAUCAUUCUCAACUUUCUUUCUUACAACCUGGUACUUUGGGAUCAAUGUCACCGGAUCAGUUCCUCUUGGGUUGUCUAUGUCUGUUCUUAUGGGUCUUGAUGGCGUAUCAAUGGGAUUUCUUGUUGCUGCGUUUUGUAAUGGGGAGCUUGAAGCUGUGAUCUUGGGAAUCGGAUAUUUUCUGGCCAAUUUCAUUGUAUCUGGAACUUUGUGGCCCAUCCAAGCCGGACCACCUUUGAUGCAAUACUUUGCAAUAUUCUUUUUUCCUGCAACCCUUCCGAGUGAGUCUGUCCGCUCAAUUAUCAGCCGUGGAUGGGGCUUCACACAUGCAAAUGUUUAUCCUGGAUUUGUGUCAGAAUUUAUCCGAAUUUCACUGUUUUGGGUUUUGACGAUUGUCAUCCAUAAAGCGUCUUUUGCGAGGAGGUAAUUAAUUCCUUAUUAUCAAUUCUGUGAUUUAUAUAUCGUUGUAUACAAGCUGUGUGUAUUAUGCAUGAUAAUAAAAACAUGUUGACACUUUUGUAUUCAAGUAA